UUAAAAAAAAACACAACACGACAGACACUGCUGGAGGCUUAGAGGAGGACCGAUUUUCAGUCCUCCGGACCUCUAUCUACCUCCAGGACAGUCGUUUGUCAACACCGCCGUGCCGCUGAGACUCCGGUGUCUGUCUGUGUCUUUGUGUGUGUCCGUACCUUUACUCUCUUUCCCCAGAAUGGCAGCAAACAAAGAGGAGUCCGAUCCCGACGAUUUUCUCACCAACGAGGAAGAGCUGGAGAAGGCUUUGUGUGUGCUGGCUGGAAGCGACCCAGAAAACUGCUCCUAUUCCCGGGGCUAUGUGAAGAGACAGGCUGUGUUUGCCUGCAACACCUGCACUCCCAAUGCUGCAGAGCCUGCUGGGAUUUGUCUGGCCUGUGCCAAUAAAUGCCACGAUGGACACGAUAUCUUUGAGCUGUAUACCAAAAGAAAUUUUCGUUGUGAUUGUGGGAACAGUAAGUUUCAGGAUUUCCAGUGCCAGCUGAAUACUGCCAAAGAUGAGGAAAACGUUAGAAAUCUUUACAAUCACAACUUCAACGGCUGCUACUGCACAUGUGACCGGCCGUACCCAGACACAGAUGAUCAGGACAAUGACGAGAUGAUUCAGUGUGUCGUCUGUGAGGACUGGUUUCAUAGCAGGCACCUAGGCUGCACUAUAGUGGAACCCGAGGAGUUGCAAGAGAUGGUAUGUGAGGCCUGCAUGAACAAGGCUCCUUUCUUGUGGAUGUACGCCGCUCACUUUGCAGUGCCACCUGCGAUCAGUGUCCGUCAGGCCGAGGAAGAGGAGGAGGUCGAUGUCGAGGAGGGAGGAGAAAAGAACGAAUCUUCUGAGCCUAGUCAAAGUGGUGAACCAUCCACCGGUGUUGAGCACACAAAGCAGGAGGAAGUGGCAAACCGGAGUUCCCCUUGCAAACGGACUCACGAGCAAAUGACAGGCAGCCCUGGAAAGGCCAUGACCAAAACUGUGGCGUGCAAGCUGAAGGAGCUGCAGGCCCGGGGGCUGGAGAGGCCGAGACAGGGAGCAGUGUUCUGGCCUUACAGUUGGCGCUCCGAGCUCUGCACCUGCACAAGCUGCAAGAGAGCCUACGUAGCUGCUGAGGUGCAGUUUCUCAUGGAUCAGUCUGACACCGUUCUGGCCUAUGAGAACAAAGGCUUGGAUGAGCCGUUUGGGCAGCACCCCCUGAUGGCACUGACGAGCUCGAUGGACCGUGUACAGCAGCUGGAGGUCAUUUACGGUUUCAACGAGCUGACAACUUCGAUCACUGCAUUUUUAGACCAGUGUGUUGCUGAGGGAAAGACGGUCACAGUUGAAGCUGUACAUCAGUUCUUUGAGGAGCUGCGGGCAAGAAAACGACGCAGAACCAAUGCAGGAUACCAGUAAGAAGGAGGCCAUGCUGCUACUAUCCAUCAUAUAUGCCAGAUUCAUAUGGUGCUUUGAAUGAAUGAACAUGUCAUUUGGAAGAUGACCCUUUUUUCUUUGUUGAAUAAAGGGCUUUUUGCUGCAACCAAUGUGAUCCUUAAGCUUGAACAAUUAGUGCAGAGAGUACUGAUUUCUAGUGAUUGUUGUAAAAUGCUACUACAAGGGUGAGGAUUGUGAGUUUUGGCAUUCAUUUUCAUGUUCAGUUGUUUUUAUUGAUUAUUAGGAAUGCCUUAACUUUGAAGCUCAUGAUGAAAGUUUGUUACUUGAAACACUCAUUGAUGUUGAAUGCACACAGUGAUGCAUCUUUAUGAACAAAAGAUAUUUUGUUUCAGCCCUAUACUUAAAAAAAAAAAAAGAAGUCUAGCUGUGUGGUGGUGAUGAGAGUAUUUCACAUGAACAUGAUGCUGCCAUGUCAUUCCUGUGAACAUGUCCAGUCAUUUGGACUGGGCUACAUACCAGUGUGUUUACAUUGAGGUUUUUCCCUCUCAAGAUGUUUUUCUGGUGGUGACCAGAUAAGACCAAUGUGUUUGUAAAAGUGAAGUAAAAUCACUGUUGUAUGUGAAUUAAUGUUCAUAAUAAAGUUAUUACAUAUUU